AUGAGAAAGAACGAGAAAGAAGACAAGAGAGAAGACGAGAGAGAGGACGAGAGAGAGGACGAGAGAGAAGACGAGAGAGAAGACAAGAGGGAGGACGAGAGAGAAGAUGAGAGAGAAAACGAGAGAGAGAACGAGAGAGAAGACGAGGACGAGAGAGAGGACGAGAGAGAAGACGAGAGAGAGGACGAGAGAGAAGACAAGAGAGAAGGCGAGAGGGAGGACGAGAGAGGACGAGAGAGAGGACGAGGACGAGAGAGAAAACGAGAGAGAGAACGAGAGAGAAGACGAGGACGAGAGAGAAGACGAGAGAGAAGGCGAGAGGGAGGACGAGAGAAGACGAGGACGAGAGAGAAAACGAGAGAGGACGAGAGAGAGGACGAGAGAGAAGACGAGAGGACGAGAGAGGACGAGAGAGAGGACGAGAGAGAGGACGAGAGAGAAGACGAGAGAGAAGACGAGAGGACGAGAGAGAAAACGAGAGAGAAGACGAGAGAAGACGAGAGAGAGGACGAGAGAGAAGACGAGAGAGAAGACGAGAGAGAGGACGAGAGAGAAGACGAGAGGACGAGAGAGAGGACGAGAGAGGACGAGAGAGAAAACGAGAGAGAAAACGAGAGAGAGGACGAGAGAGAAGACGAGAGGACGAGAGAGGACGAGAGAGAAGAUGAGAGAGAAGACGAGAGAGAGGACGAGAGAGAAGGCGAGAGGGAGGACGAGAGAAGACGAGGACGAGAGAGAAAACGAGAGAGAAGAGAGAGGACCAAGAAACACACGAUUAUCAUCACUUCAUCUGAGUUACAGCAGAGCUGUCCUCAGGCUUUUAUUCACUCCUACGGCAAAGAGGGUCUUCUCUGGGACCUCUGCACCUGGACCUGCAGAGGACCGGGACCUCUGCACCUGGACCUGCAGAGGACCGGGACCUCUGCACCUGGACCUGCAGAGGACCGGGACCUCUGCACCUGGACCUGCAGAGGACCGGGACCUCUGCACCUGGACCUGCAGAGGACCGGGACCUCUGCACCUGGACCUGCAGAGGACCGGGACCUCUGCACCUGGACCUGCAGAGGACCGGGACCUCUGCACCUGGACCUGCAGAGGACCGGGACCUCUGCACCUGGACCUGCAGAGGACCGGGACCUCUGCACCUGGACCUGGAGAGGACCGGGACCUCUGCACCUGGACCUGCAGAGGACCGGGACCUCUGCACCUGGACCUGGAGAGGACCGGGACCUCUGCACCUGGACCUGCAGAGGACCGGGACCAGCAGAGGACCAGGACCUGGAGAGGAGAGAGACCUGGAGAGGACCUCUGCUACUCCUGGCUUAUGUGUUUCCCUGUGUUGUGCUGGUCCCUGUGUUGUGCUGGUCCCUGUGCGUGCUGGUCCCUGAGUUGGGGGGGGGGGGGGGGGGCCUUCUCCAUCGUCUCCCCCGGGCCUUGCGGGCCUCGGACGCGGCUCUGUCCGGAUCAAUGGUAAUAACGGUGCAGGCUUCAUAA